AUGGGGUUAAGCCAUGAGAUGCGCCUGGUUUGGGGAGCACAGCAGGCGCGCUUUGCUAGCCCCGGUUGGGAGGUCCGCCUGUUAUGGGAGCUCAGCCGUUCUCACUCAGGCCUCUGGAACGGAGGUGAUGCAUGGGUGAAAUUAGGGCGAGCCGCCUUGCGCUUGGGAGAAAGAAGCCAGCUUAGACAAAGCGAUGCUGGCUUCCUCUGGUUCGGGCCCAGCUGCUCAGUCCUGGCUACCAGGCUGUUUCCUCCCCGCAGUUCUUCCCAGCAGAGGCUGUCCUACACCAUCCUCAGCGACCUGGCCUUGGCGCUCCUGGACGGGACGGUCUUUGAGAUCGUGCAGGGCCUGCUGGAGAUCCAGCACCUGACGGAGCGGAACCUGUACAACCAGCGGCUCAAGCUGCAGACGGAGCAUCGAGCCCUCAAACAGGAGAUGCUCCGUAAACACAAGGAAGACCAGCAGAGCUGCCAGGCUCACAACCUGCCCCUUCUGAAGGCCGCUCAGCAGCGAGAGCUGGAGGCCGUGGAGCAGCGAAUUCAUACCGAGCAACGGAUGAUGGACGAGAAGAUCGUCUUGGAGCUGGAUCAGAAAGUGGUGGACCAACAGAGCACCCUGGAGAAAGCCGGCGUCUCCGGCUUUUAUAUCACCACGAACCCUCAGGAACUGACACUCCAGAUGAAUCUGCUAGAGCUGAUCCGGAAGCUGCAGCAAAAGGAAUGGCAGCCUAGGAAGCCUUGUCCUUGAGGGGGGGCACGGGAAGGCCUCCCGCCACACCUCGUAUUGACCCAUGUGGGUCUUGUGGAAAAGUUGACGAUGCGGCUGGUUGUUUUUAUGUAAGAGACUCGGCUUGCCCAAGAGCGAAACAGGGCAGGGCCUGGCAGCCCCGGGCUUUCUUACGGCACCUCCACACGAAGGAGUUCAGCUCGAGUUUGUGUUUGUUUAUUGUCUCUCUCGGGAGGGGGGCCGUGGUUGUUUAUUUCUAACUUUUGAGGGAUUUCCAAAAUAUCUGAAGGUGGAUAUUUUGAAAUUGUAAUAUAGAAAAUACAGGCUGUCAAAAAGGCAAUAAACGCAAUUUAUUCAUUAGA